CUGAAACUGCUGCGGGAGGAGGAAGCUCAGAAUCAGGAACUGGCCAGUUGGCUGGGCCUGAGUCGGUCCUCUGCACCCCCUGGAGCAGCUGCCCAAGCCGAGAGUGAGUGAGACAGUACUAUGGGCUUCUCGUCAGAGCUGUGCAGCUCCCAGGGCCAUGGGGCAGUGCAGCAGAUGCAGGAGGCCGAGCUCCGGCUGCUGGAGGGCAUGAGAAAAUGGAUGGCCCAGCGGGUCAAGAGCGACCGGGAAUAUGCCGGGCUGCUGCACCACAUGUCCCUGCAGGACAGCGGGGCCCAGAGCCGGGGCAGCUCUGACAGCCCCAUUAGCCAGUCCUGGGCAGAGAUCACCAACCAGACCGAGGGACUGAGCCGGUUGCUGAGGCAGCAUGCAGAAGAUCUGAACUCUGGGCCCCUGAGCAAGCUGAGCCUGCUUAUUGGGGUUCGUCAGCAGCUGCGCAAGACCUACAGUGAACAGUGGCAGCAGCUGCAGCAGGAGCUCACCAAGACCCACAUCCAGGACAUUGAGAAGCUGAAGAGCCAGUACCGAGCCCUGGCACGGGACAGUGCCCAGGCCAGGCGCAAAUACCAGGAGGCGAGCAAAGACAAGGACCGCGACAGGGCUAAGGACAAGUACGUGCGCAGCCUGUGGAAGCUCUUUGCUCAUCACAACCGCUACGUGCUCGGCGUACGGGCAGCUCAGCUGCACCACCAGCACCACCACCAGCUCAUGCUGCCCGGCCUGCUCCAUUCACUGCAGGACCUGCACCAGGAGAUGGCAUGCAUCCUGAAGGAAAUCCUGCAGGAAUACCUGGAGAUCAGCAGCCUGGUGCAGGAUGAGGUGGUGGCAAUUCACCAGGAGAUGGCUGCCGCCGCUGCCCGCAUCCAGCCUGAGGCCGAGUACCUCGGCUUCCUGCGACAGUAUGGGUCCACACCCGAUGUCCCACCCUGCGUCACCUUUGAUGAGUCGCUGCUUGAGGAGGGUGAAGCCCUGGAGCCGGGGGAGCUGCAGCUGAAUGAGCUGACGGUGGAGAGCGUGCAGCACACGCUAACUUCAGUGACAGAUGACCUAGCCGUGGCCACCCAGACGGUGUUCAGCCGGCAGGAGGCGGUCAAUCAGCUGCAGCGUGAGCUCCGGAAUGAGGAGCAGAACAUCCACCCCCGGCAGCGGGUUUACCUGCUGGGCAAGAGGCAGGCAUUGCAGGAAGAGCUUCAGGGGCUGCAGGUGGCGCUGUGCAGCCAGGCCAAGCUGCAGGCCCAGCAGGAGCUGCUGCAGGCCAAGCUGGAGUGGCUGGGCCCUGGCGAGCCCCCACCAGUGCCUCUGCUGCAGGAUGACCGCCACUCCACAUCGUCCUCGGAGCCGGAGCGGGAAGGGGGAAGGACACCCACCCUGGAGAUCCUUAAGAGCCACAUCUCAGGAAUCUUUCGCCCCAAGUUCUCGCUCCCCCCACCCCUGCAGCUCGUGCCUGAGGUGCAGAAGCCCCUUCAUGAGCAGCUGUGGUACCACGGGGCCAUCCCACGGGCGGAGGUGGCUGAGCUGCUGACACAGUCCGGGGACUUCCUGGUGCGGGAGAGCCAGGGCAAGCAGGAGUACGUGCUGUCGGUACUUUGGGAUGGGCUGCCCAGGCACUUCAUCAUCCAGUCCGCCGAUAACAUGUACCGACUGGAAGGCGACAGUUUUCCCAGCAUUCCCCUGCUCAUCGACCACCUGCUGCGCUCCCAGCAGCCCCUCACCAAGAAGAGUGGUAUUGUCCUGAACAGGGCCGUGCCCAAGGACAAGUGGGCGCUGAAUCACGAGGACCUGGUAUUGGGUGAGCAGAUUGGGCGGGGGAACUUUGGCGAAGUGUUCAGUGGGCGCCUCCGUGUGGACAACACCCUGGUGGCAGUGAAAUCCUGUCGAGAGACGCUCCCACCUGACCUCAAGGCCAAGUUUCUGCAGGAAGCAAGGAUCCUGAAACAGUACAGCCACCCCAACAUCGUGCGUCUCAUCGGCGUCUGCACCCAGAAACAGCCCAUCUACAUCGUCAUGGAGCUUGUGCAGGGGGGUGACUUCCUGACCUUCCUGCGGACGGAGGGAGCCCGCCUGCGGAUGAAGACUCUGCUGCAGAUGGUGGGGGAUGCAGCUGCGGGCAUGGAGUACCUGGAGAGCAAGGGCUGCAUCCACCGGGACCUGGCCGCUCGGAAUUGUCUGGUCACGGAGAAAAACGUCCUGAAGAUCAGUGACUUCGGAAUGUCCCGGGAGGAAGAGGACGGCAUCUAUGCUGCCUCGGGGGGCCUCAGGCAAGUCCCCGUGAAGUGGACCGCACCCGAGGCUCUUAACUAUGGGCGCUACUCCUCCGAGAGCGAUGUGUGGAGCUUCGGCAUCCUGCUCUGGGAGACCUUCAGCCUGGGGGCCUCCCCCUACCCCAACCUCAGCAAUCAGCAGACUCGGGAGUUCGUAGAAAAGGGGGGCCGCUUGCCCUGCCCCGAGCUGUGCCCCGACGCUGUGUUCAGGCUCAUGGAGCAGUGCUGGGCCUACGAGCCUGGGCAGCGGCCCAGCUUCAGUGCCAUCUACCAGGAGCUGCAGAGCAUCCGAAAGCGGCACCGGUGAGGCUGGGCCCCCUUCUCAAGCCAGCGGCCUCCCCGGAUAGAGUGUACCUCCUUCUCAGCUCCAGCUCACAAUGAGGGCUGGCUCUUCACAGCUCUGGACUCCAGCCACCAGCCUCCGGGCCACCGGUGGGGAUGCAGCUCCACGUCUGCUGCUCACCCACGCUCCUGUCAGGGCCUCCUCCUCCAAGCAGAAAUAAUAAACCACUUGUGCCCACCGA